AUGGGAUACUUCAAAGAAGCUUACCACGAUGUCAGAUUCAAUUUUGAUCACUUUAUUGUCGACUACAAAAGGAAAUACUACAGUUUGAACCAAAACCCACGAGUCUUACGAGCAAGGGUGCCAAAUCAACCAUUCACUUCUUUGAGGACUUUUGAAUACUGCAACGCGAUGCCAGUAGACACCCCUGGGGAAGCGUCAAUAGCACUUGAUGACGAUGAGGAUAAAGAGAAUAUACCUGAAGAAUGGAUUCGAACAACAGACAUUGAUUUGUUCCCCUCUUUUGAUGCUUGCUUUGACCAAUGCUCAAGUGAAAGAACUUCAAGGAGGAUAUUGUCAGAACCAGUCAUGGAUCAUGUUGCUCCUGAGUAUUUGGAAACAUUCAGCUUGGACAUGAAUGUGGGAAGCCUGACUAACCCAGAUAGAAAUAUCGAGUUGACUCAGAGUGAUAACGAGUCCAAUUUUCAACUGGAUUCUGGUAUGCAAUAUGUGAUUCCAUCCCACUUGGUCUACCCAACGCCACAAUCUGAUGAAACUGAAAUGAAAAGAAGCCACAGAUUUUCUAGACUUGUUAGAUCAUUCUCCAACGUGAUCUCCAAAGGUAGUGACAACAUGGACGCAAUGAAAGAUGCACCUCAUACUUUGUCCCCUCAGCUGAAUCAGCAACAAUCACCCGAUCCCAUGUCUCGCAAACCACCACCAGCACUCGACCAACUGUCAAAUCAAAUCUGGAAGAUGGUAUUGAAUGAUGCGUCUUUAUCAGCUGCUAGAAUCUCUACUGGAAGUUCUACUUCACCUGUGGUCACUAAUCAGUGUAUCAAAGGUGAUUUCACUGAUGCAAAAGUGACACCAUCUAAACAAAAUGACAUUUUUGCUCAACAUUUGGAACAAGCCAAGUUAAAGUAUAGCCCAAAGUCUAGUAUAAUAUAA